AUGAAGGCAGCCAUAAGAUUCUGCGAAGAGAGUAUACCUAAUGGCGCUUUGGAGGGCGGAGCAAGAAGGACCACCGCUGAGGUCAAGGACGGCGACGGAAUGGUGGUUUCAGCGGCGGAAGGCAGGGUUGGUGUCGUGCGAGUGGUGGUUGUUAGCAGAAGGGAGCACAUUAUCUCUAAUUUGGGUGGACUCCCGUUCUCAGACGGAACUCCGACACCUUCUUUUCCACCAGUGCGGCGAAGAAUUCCUAAAAUUGCAAGAGGGGAUUUGAUGGUAGGGUUUGAGAAGAGAAGGUUAGAUGGAAGAGAGGCUUUUUGUAAAGAGAGAAGAAGAUGGAGAGCCACCGCCACACUUUCGGCAGAGUUAAUCGCAAUUGGCGGCAAUCAUAUCAUUGCAGAAUGCGGGGAAGAGAUAGUAGCGGACGUCGGGCCAGAAUUUAGGGCAGAAAAUCAUCUUCCAAACAGUAUCUCUUUUGCCAUGGUGAGAGAAUAUGUCAAUCGUGUGUGUACUUGCUACAGUUAUUUCCAUUAUGAGGUAGUGAAUUGA